AUGUCAUCAUCUCAUACUACCAUUAAUUUGUUUUCCGUUCCUCGAGUUGGAGUUUCCACCUUCAUCAUACGAAAGAUCAAUGGAGUGGAUUGUGUAUUGGUUGGAAAGAGAAAAGGCUCUCAUGGAGAAGGAUGUUAUCAAUUACCGGGAGGACACUUGGAUUAUGGUGAAACAUGGGAAGAGUGCUGUAAGCGAGAGGUCAAAGAGGAGACGAAUUUGGAUGUGAAUAAUAUUUCAUUUAUCACCUGUACCAAUGAUUUAUUUGAGAAAGAACAACGUCACUAUGUUACCAUCUUUUUACGAUCCUUCACACCCGACAAUGAGCAACAAGCAGAAUUAUUGGAACCAAACAAGUGCGAGGGAUGGCAAUGGAUUGAAAUUGAAAAAUUGAAGGAACUCGAUCAUUUAUUCCUUCCACUUGAAACCUUUCUCAAAUCGAACUCUGUAUCAAAGAUUCUUCCUUGA